AUGCCUCGCCUCUCGAGACAAGACUUUCUCUCCUACAUCCGCAGCUUCAACACCCGCUCCUACGAACACCAACACACCUUCUACGCGCCCGACAUCACCAUGACCCUACCAGACCCGGCUGUUCCUAUCCUCCGCGGCCCCGAAGCCAUUUCAAAACACUAUGCGCAAGUCCACAGAGUUGCAGAGGAAACGGUCGUGUCGAUGGUUGUCGUGACAGAGUAUGAUCACGUCUUCUUCGAAAUGGAGGUGUACUUCAAGUACGUCGUCGACACCGAUAAAGAUGUCCAUGGUACGACUGUCCAGGAGGGUGAUGUGUUCAAGGUGACUGUUUGGGCGCUGUAUGUGAUCGAUGAGGCAGGCAAAAUGCGGAGUAUUAGGUGUAAUCUAUGGGAGGAGAAGAUGCUCGGGCAGUUUGAGAUGGGGCCGUUGAUUGAGGAGAGUAGGUCGAGAGCGCAGGUGGAUUUGAGAUGA